GCGGAAGUAUGAGGUUUAGCGGGCACCGGCGCCCGGAAGGUCAGCGUGUGAAGUAGACGGUGGUAACGCGGCUCUCCCCGCUGUUACCGAGGAGCGACGGCCGAGCAGACGAUCCCGGCCUGAGGCGGCGUGGAGAAGCAGACAGGCAGUUUGCUGCGACACCAUGGAGGGCGGCGGCGGAAGUGGCAACAAAACCACAGGGGGGUUGGCCGGCUUUUUCGGAGCCGGCGGAGCAGGCUACUCGCACGCGGAUUUGGCCGGAGUCCCGCUAACUGGUAUGAACCCUCUGUCUCCUUAUUUAAAUGUGGAUCCACGGUAUCUCGUGCAGGAUACAGAUGAGUUUAUUUUACCAACUGGAGCUAAUAAAACCCGGGGCAGAUUUGAACUGGCCUUCUUUACCAUUGGAGGAUGUUGUAUGACAGGGGCCGCAUUUGGGGCAAUGAAUGGUCUACGGCUAGGAUUGAAGGAAACCCAGAACAUGGCCUGGUCCAAACCAAGAAACGUACAGAUCUUGAAUAUGGUGACUAGGCAAGGGGCACUUUGGGCUAAUACUCUAGGUUCUCUGGCUUUGCUCUAUAGUGCAUUUGGUGUCAUCAUUGAGAAAACACGAGGUGCAGAAGAUGACCUCAACACAGUAGCAGCUGGAACCAUGACAGGCAUGUUGUAUAAAUGUACAGGUGGCCUUCGAGGGGUAGCACGAGGUGGUCUAGCAGGACUAACACUUACAGGUCUCUAUGCGCUAUAUAAUAACUGGGAGCACAUGAAAGGCUCCUUUCUCCAACAGUCACUGUGAAGAUUUGCUAGCUUAUGAAGGGAGGACACUGUGGGAGUCAUCCAGAUCAGUUUAUAACUCAGUCUGGAGUCAUUUACUCUUCUACCUACAACUAGUUUGAGAAAUUGGAGAUUCCAGUUUGCUGUGAUGAAGAUCAUGGAUGGUUGACCAGGACUGGCACUCUUUCCAGCCAUUAAUGAGUUGAAGCCAAAACCCUCUGGCGGCUGAGUAAUGUGGUUCUCUUCUCCUUUAAAGAAGAUCUUGCACCUGUUUUCUCUCCUACCCCCUGAACUGGAAAACCACUUACUCCCAGCGUUCAGGUCAUGCUUGUCAAUACUGUAUCACAUUUGUUCACUGAGUGAUCCAAGACUGUAAUAUUGCCCUGUAGUCCCAAUAAAGGGUGAAAAUAGAACCAAAGUCAUAACUCCAACAUAAAAUGUAGUGGAUGUCUCCAAAGUUACUCCUGGCAUUUGUUCUGCCCCACUAGCCUAAAAUAUGUUUUCAUGUUUGGGUUGAAAUGAAGGGCUACUAGCAGCAUUAGCAACUAGCUUAAAAUUUUUCUCCAAAUAGAGUUGACACUAAACAACCUUAAAUAUUUCAGAUUAACUGUUAUACCAUUAGUGUACUAUGCCAGAACAAUCUGCCCAAUAAUCAUUAAUUCUGUAUGCAUAAACUCAUCUUACUAGGGAUAAUUUGAAAAAGAGAUGACUUACACAAGAGCUUUAAGUUUUUAAGGAAGCCUUGGGAAAACUAAAGAAAGUAAGGACAAGUUACUUUCUGAGUUUGUUUUCUCAUCUAUGAAAUGAAGUUAAUCAAAUAAGACUGCACUGCAAGUUACACAAAUACAUAAUAAAUACUAACAAGUGGUGGCUGUUAUUAGAAAAAAUAAAAAUAAAAAAUAAAGUAGAAAUGAAGUUAAUCAAAUAAGACUGCACUGCAAGUUACACAAAUACAUAAUAAAUACUAACAAGUGGUGGCUGUUAUUAGAAAAAAUAAAAAAAUAAAUGCAUCUAGUUAGAAGGGAUUUGGCAGAAAAGCACUGAACUUUAGCUGAAGUCCCCUAGUUUAAAUAACAAAAAAGCAAAAAGCAGUUUAAUGUAUCUUACUUGCAACAGAGCAGAUUAAAAAAUAAAAAUAUAUGUGAAAAGUUUGCAAGAAAAGACAAAAUGGAAGUUAGUAAACCUAUUCUUUGUUAAUUUAGGAAUCCUAAAAUACACUGAGAUUUUAUUUAAGUGAAUAUAAAAACAAUGUUUUUAUGUUAAAGUGUUUCUUAGCUGUACUCCUAACCAGAGGAUAUCACAUUCAUA